GGCAACUUCACCUUCCAUGGCGAGAUCAAAAUUUUGGUAAACGUGAUAGAGGAUACGAACAACGUUACAUUACACGCAGCUGACAUGAAAAUCAAUGAGGACUUUACAAGUAUUAGAGAAUAUUCGGUUAACAAUAAGAGCAAUAAGACCAAAAUUCAAAUCGGGAAGCAGAUAAAUGAUACCAAUAAACAAUUUCACGUGAUUAGAACAUUGGACAUGUUGAAGAAAGGCAAGCAAUACAUCGUACAUCUCAAGUUUAUUGGUUAUUUGAACGACAAUUUGCACGGUUUCUACAGAAGCUCGUAUACGACCAACAAUCAGACGAGAUGGAUUGCUGCGACACACUUUGAACCGACGUAUGCACGCGAAGCUUUCCCGUGUUUCGAUGAACCGGCUUUGAAAGCCAAGUUCCAGAUCAACAUAGCGCGUCCCGUGAACAUGACAUCUAUUUCGAAUAUGCCUAGAAUAGAUAAACCUGUGGGAGGUGCAAAGGUACCCGGUUUAGACACGUACGUAUGGGAUUGCUAUGUGCGUUCGGUACCGAUGUCUACAUACUUGGUGGCCUUCAUAGUUUCUGAUUUUGAUGUACGGAAAUGCAAAAAUGGUGCAUUUAGAGUUUGGGCGCGCCACGACGUUAUUAAUGAAGCACAGUACAGCUAUAAUAUUGGACGGAAAGUACUCAAUUUCUUUGAGGACUAUUUCAAGAUCAAGUACCCUUUGCCGAAGAUGGAUAUGAUCGCGCUACCUGACUUUGACGCCGGCGCCAUGGAGAAUUGGGGGUUGAUUACGUAUAGAGAGACAUCAAUGUUGUAUGGGGACACAAUAACCGAUGAGAGGAAGCAGAAAGUAGCCAUAAUAAUAUCUCACGAGAUUUCGCAUCAAUGGUUUGGGAACUUAGUGACUCCAAGUUGGUGGACAGAUCUUUGGUUGAACGAGGGUUUUGCCACUUAUAUGGAGUACAUCGGUACGAAUGCGAUAGAGCCACAUUGGAAAAUGCUGGAACAAUUCAUUGUUAUUGAACUUCAAAGUAUAUUCGGUUUAGAUGCUUUAGAAUCUUCUCAUUCUAUAUCUAUUAAAGUCGAUAAUCCAGAUGAAAUCAACGAAAUCUUUGACAAGAUUUCUUACUCAAAAGGUGCUUCCGUAAUAAGAAUGAUGGAUCAUUUCCUUACGACAGAAGUUUUUAAGAAGGGUCUAACUAAUUAUUUGAAUGAAAAAGCUUAUCAAAAUGCCAACCAAAAUGAUUUAUGGUAUGCUUUAACCAAACAAGCUCACAAGGACAAAGUACUUGAUCCAAACGUAACUGUUAAGGAAAUAAUGGAUACUUGGACCCUGCAAACCGGCUUUCCAGUAGUCACAGUCAUACGGAACUACAAUAGCAGUAGUAUUACGCUGACACAGGAACGCUUUCUGCUUGACAAUAGCGACUCACCUGCCGAUAAAUCGAAACCAUUAUGGUGGAUACCUAUCACUUAUACGAGUGAGAAACAAUUAAACUUCACUAGCACGCAACCUAUGAAAUGGAUGAAAGCAGAACAUUCGAUCGUUCUUAACAAUUUGGAUGUAAGCCCACAUCAGUGGAUACUUUUCAACGUUCAGGAAACCGGGUAUUAUAGAGUGAAUUAUGACAUAACAAACUGGUAUAUGAUAAUUAAACAAUUGCAUAAAAAUUUCACAAAUAUCUCGACUAUUAAUCGAGCGCAGUUAAUCGAUGAUGCUUUUAACUUGGCUAGAGCUGGCAAACUUGAUUACGAUAUUGCUUUCAAUGUUACGUCUUAUUUGGCCUACGAAACUGAAUAUUUACCCUGGACAGCAACAUUCAGUGCUAUAGAUUAUCUCAACAAUAUGUUAAUAAAAACACAGAUAUACGACAAAUUUAAGUUGUACAUAUUAAAGCUACUGGAUAGUGAAUACAAACGAUUGGGUUUUAUUGACAGAGUGGAAGAUUCUCAGUUGACAAUCGUUACUCGAAGUAAAGUUCUAAGUUGGGCAUGUAACUUCGAUCAUGAGGGUUGCGUUAUGAAUGCCGUGCAACAAUUCAGAUAUUGGCGUAAUAAUCCUAAUCCGGACAUUAAUAAUCCAAUUCCGCCAAACUUAAGAAGCGUGGUUUAUUGCACGGCCAUUCGAGUGGGUGGACAAAGCGAAUGGGAAUUCGCUUGGCAGCGGUACCUAGGAACCAAUGUAGGAUCGGAGAAGGAUCUGCUUCUACAGGCAUUAGCCUGUACAAGAGAGAUAUGGCUGCUGCAACGAUACUUAAGUUCGGCUUUCACGAGAAACUCUGGAAUCAGAAAGCAGGAUGCUUCUAAGGUUUUCCGAUUGGUUGCCAGCAACGUUGCCGGACAGCUACUCGCGUUUAAUUAUUACAGAAACAAAUGGACGCACAUCAAGGAAUAUUUUGGUCAAUUAAAGUCAAUGAGUAGCAUCAUAACCUCGGCAACAAAUAAAAUAAAUACAGAAUAUGAACUGAAAGAUACGAUAGAGUUUAUAAGAGAACACCAGGAUGACUUUAGUACCGUGGAGCAAAGAACGCGACAAGCAAUAGAGUAUGCGCAGCGCGGCAUACGAUGGCUCGACAAGCAUUACGAGAAAAUUUCCAAUUGGUUACAUAAAAACAUUGUAUAAUACCAAUUUUCGAUCCAUCGAUACCAAUAAAAAAUUAUCGGUUUUUUUUGGCGAUGUCAAAUUGUAAGUUGAUGGACAUUCAUUCUAUGUAAGUAUUAUUUAAGAAUUUGAUAAACUUUCCUAAAUGCAUAAGUUUUUCUUUAUUAAGAAUUGAGAUAUAAAUUGGGUUGUAAUAUAUUAUUAAAGAAUCUUUUGAUAAAUGAUA